AUGGACCCAUCAGGCAUAAACCAACCAGACAUGAACCAACCAGGUGUAACACAACCAGUUAUGAGCCCAGCAGGCAGAAGCCCAUACAAUAUGAACCAACCAGGGCCAAGCCAACCAAACAUCAACCAGCCAAGCAUCAGCCAGAAUGGCAUUAACAAACCAGAUGUGAAAAGACCAGGUGGAAGCCAACCAGACAUGAACCAACCAUGCCUGAGCCAACCCAAUAUGAAACAACCAGAGCCAAGCAUGGACCAGCCAGCCAUGAGCAACCCAGAUAUGAACCAACAAGGUUUGAGGCAGCCAGACCCAAGCCAACUGGAUAUGAAAGAACCAGGUACAAGUCAACCAGACAUGAAUCAAGCAGGCAUGAGCCAAACAGGCAUAAGGCAGUCAGGCUCAUCUCCUUCCAUCAGGAAUGAAACGAACUCAUGGCAAUGUGGUCCAGGGUAUCCAGGCAGGAGUCCACCAGACAUGGGGCAAACAGGACAGAGACAACCAGAUACAUGGAAACCAGAUCCAAGUAAUCCAGGAAUAAAACAAACAGAAUCAUGGCAAUGGGAGUCAAGCUCUCCAAGCUUGAGACAAACAGAUUACAGCCCAAGCCACUUAGGCAAAACAUGUUCAAAUCCAUGGCAAACAUGCCUAAAUCACCCAACCAAUGGACAAUUAGACUUUAGACAACCAGGUCCCACAGAACCAGGCCCUAGCUUAUUAGGCAAGAGAUUAUCUUUCAGCCAACCAGGCAUGAGACAAUCUGACACAUGUCAACUAGGCCCUAGCCGACCAGGUAUAGAACGGUCAGUAACACAACAACCAGGCCUUAGACCAUCAUAUAUGACACAAUCAGACACGAAGCAACUGGGUCCUAGCUCACUGGGCAUGACACCAUCAGACACAAAGCAAUUUGGCCCCAACCAACCAGGCAUGACAAAAUCUGAUAUGUAUCAAUCAAGCACCAGUCAAUCAGACAGGAAAGAGUUUGACACAUGGCAAUCAUGCACCAGUCAACCAGACAGGAAAGAGUUGGAAACAUGGCAAUCAAGCACCAGUCAAUCAGACAGGAAAGAGUUGGAAACAUGGCAAUCAAGCACCAGUCAAUCAGACAGGAAAGAGUUUGAAACAUGGCAAUCAGGCACCAGUCAACCAGGCAGUAAACAUUGGGAUUCAUGGCAAUGGGGUCCCAACUACCCAGGCAGGACACAAUCAGACAAAUUGCCAAUAGGCCAUAGCUCCCUAGGUAUGAAACAAUGGGAUUCAUGGCAUUCAGGCCCAAGCCAACUGGGCAUGAGAUAUUCAGACUCAUGGCAAUGGGGCUCAAGCUCAAGCAUGAGACACUCAGAUUUAUGGCAACCAAGCCCUGGCCAAUCAGGCAUAAGACAAUCAGGAUCAUGGCAAACAUAUUCAAGCUACCAAUACACAAAACAACUGGAUACAUGGCAACGAAGCCCCAGCAUCCCUGGGGUAAGACAAUUAUACACAUGGCAUCCAACCCCCAGUUGGUCAGGUACAAGACAAUCAGAAAAAUGGCAACCAGGUCCCAGCAACCCAGACAUGAGACAAUCAGAUACUUGGGAACCAACAUCAAGGCAAUCAAAGACAAGCACCAGCCAGCUGGGAACUAGUGAAUUAGAUACAAGCCAACCAGACACUACCCAAUCAGGCCAAAGAGGAACAACACAAUCAGAUAUAUCAGAGAGAAGUUCAAGUCAAUCAGAGAGGAAAGCCAGCCCAUCAGACAACACCAUCGAAUCAAACACAAAGCAAGUAGUCAUAAUUUCACCAGAUGAAAGUCAAUUAGAGCCAAGUGAAUUAGUCAUGAGUGAUUUAGGUAUAAAUCAACAAAGAAUGAUCCAAUCACCCACAAUAAAAGAAUGUACUGCUCCUUUCUACAUAAGACCUGCUAUGCCUGAAGACUGCCCAGAGAUCCUACGACUAAUAAAGGAAUUGGCUUCCCAUGAAGGCAGGCAAGAAGAAGUGGCAUUAACAGAACUGGACAUAAACAGGGAUGGUUUUGGAAAUAAUCCCCUUUUCUACUGCCUGAUUGCUGAAGCACCCAAUCAAGAAACCGAAUCCGGACUCCAAACUAUUGGCUUUGCCAUGUACUACUACACAUAUGACACAUGGAUUGGCAAAACGCUUCACCUAGAGGAUUUUUACAUCAGUGAAAAGUACCAAGGUCUAGGUAUUGGAGCUGAAGUGCUGAAGAAGUUAAGUCAGAUAGCCAUCAACACUCAAUGCAGUGCCAUGCAAUUUCUUGUUGUCAUUUGGAAUCAGGAUUCCGUUGAGUACUACACUCGCCUAGGGGCUUCAGACCUUUCCUGUGAGGAAGGUUGGCAUCUGUUCAGAUUUAACAUUGAAGAGCUGCUGGAACUUGCCCAGGAAGAAUGA